UUUUUCCUGCUGCUGCUAUUCCUUAACUUGUUUCCAAACAGACAGUGUUACAAAGAGGAUGGCACUUCCAAAAACCCCGACUGUCCGGUGUGUAGCAAGUCCCUCAAUAAGCUGGCUCAACCCCUGCCCAUGGCCCAUUGUGCCAACUCCCGGCUAGUCUGCAAGAUUUCAGGAGACGUGAUGAAUGAGAACAACCCCCCUAUGAUGCUUCCCAACGGAUACGUCUACGGAUACAAUUCCUUGCUUUCUGUUCGUCAGGAUGACAGAGUCGUUUGCCCGCGAACCAAAGAGGUCUUCAGCUUCUCCCAGGCCGAGAAAGUCUUCAUUAUGUAAAAAAAAAAAAGGGGCCCUUUCUCACGCGCAAAUGAAGUGCCACCGGAUUUUGACAUGAUUUAUUCGAGCCGUGCGCGCCCUGUAAACCAGAGAUCUUGGGGAGUAACGCGCGGCGGCGAAAAGCUGCGACUCGGGUGGGACGGGGUGGGAAAACGGAGGCUUCGUUGGUGGCAUUUUUUUCUUUCUCCUUGCGACCAAAGAUCCGUGAGCAAAAAAAACAACAACACAACACUCUUGAGAAAAAGCGAGGAAGUGCGACUCAAGUUAACAAAAAGAAAAGAAAAAAAGUUGCACUCGGAGGGAACAAAUUUUGAAUGUUUGGAUUUUUGUAACCACAAUUGGGUUUUUGUUUUGUUUUUCCCCACUCAAAUACUCAUCCAGGGGAAGCAGCUUAUUCAAACCAGGUCAUUUUCCCAUGUGUGAGAGAGAGAGAGAGAGAGAGAGAAAUAACUUUAGAUCUCAAAAAGGUUCUACCUGUGUGUGAAAUAUUGUAUGAUUCGAAGGUGACACAAUAUGCAAACCUACCAGAAGACGCAUCCGAGGGCUGGCUUCAGCUUUCAGAUGCGUAUCAGUCUCGUGUCCUUCGGGACCCACAUGCCACACAAGCCACUUUCCCCUUCCAAUGUGUGGUGGUGUCGCCAACUGGAAGCACGCACCCAGCUGUGCAAAAA